GGAAAUUGUUAUUGCCUAACUUAGGAGGUGUGGUCUGAAUGCCACGUGACAGUGGUGUGAUUCGUUCGUUGUCGAAAGCGACGUCGUUUUUCCCUGCAGAGAGCAAAGAGAAUUGGAUACGAAGUGCGAAGGCAGAAGGCGUUGGUGUUGUUGACGUUGAUGGGACAUACUUGGAAAGAAAAAGGCAGAGUCUCGUGUCUUCAAAUGUGAACGUUGCACCCCUCCCACCCCCAAACUUUCCACUUCAUGGAUGGCAAUCUGUUGAAGAAUCUAAUGCUGAACAGAUAGCGACGCAACUCCCGUGUCAACGCUGUAUACUU